CUCAGUGGGAGAAGCUCCAGAUGUCGACCAAUGAGAGGAGGAAGAUCUUAUGCUCCCUGAUGUUCCACCUGGUGGCCAUUGGUUGUGUUCUCUGGUCCGUAUACGUCCUCGUCAACAGAACCCUCCACGAGAUCAACCUGGGACGCAACACCGACGACCUGUGGAGAAUAUCAGUGAUGAAGUACUACACUGCUGAGGGUGUGUUGGAGUGGCCGUUCUGGAUGAAGCUGGUCAUCGUGGCGAUAGGCAUGUCAGGCGGACUGGUGUUCAUGUACGUCCAGUGUAAAGUGUACUGGUUGCUAUGGAGACGACUCAAAGCCUUCAAUCGCAUCAUCACUGUGCAGAACUGCCCCGAGAAGCCGCCGCCCACCAACGCCGCGCUGGCCAAUGGGAAUCACCCUGAGGCCGUGGAAGUCCCGAUAGGCCCCGCCCCCGAGGUUAUCCAGAUGGACUCCGACCUCUCGGAGGAAAACCCCGUCUGACACACACACACAAACACACACACACACAGCUCUUGGUAAUGCACCCUCCCUAUAGCCUAUCAGAGCCCAGCACACCAAAGAGUCAUAAUGUGACGUAGCCAAUAAGAGUAUCUGUUAUAGAAGCAGCUGUAGAUUAGCCAAUCAGAGCGUCUGUUAUAGAAGCAGCUGUAGAUUAGCCAAUCAGAGCGUCUGUUAUACUCUCUCAGUAUUCAAUAUAAACAGCCUGAGGAGUAGCUGAUGCGUAGAACCAAGUGUUCAAGGGCUGGAACAAAACCCUGCACACCUUGCAGCUCUCCAGGAGGAGGGUUAGAGUCAUAGAGCAUAUUUAUUUACGUUGGUAUUUAGUCUCUCUCUGCUGGACAGCAUAGAACUCUGGACCUAACCCUAACCCUAACCCUUAACCCUAAACCUAACCCCUAACCCUUAACCCUAACCCUUAACCCUUAACCCUAACCCUAACCCUUAACCCUAACCCUAACCCCUAACCCUAACCCCUAACCCUAACCCUAACCCUAACCCUAACCCAUAUUUAUUUACGUUAGUGUUUACUCUCUCUGCUGGACAGGAUAGAACUGUGGUAUUAAAGGUCCCGGUCUGUCACUAUGACGUCUAUCUGAAGAGCUGUCUGUCUGUCACUAUGACGUCUAUCUGAAGAGCUGUCUGUCUGUCACUAUGACGUCUAGAAGUCUAUCUGAAGAGCUGUCUGUCUGUCACUAUGAUGUCUAUCUGAAGAGCUGUCUGUCUGUUACUAUGACGUCUAUCUGAAGAGCUGUCUGUCUGUCACUAUGAUGUCUAGAAGUCUAUCUGAAGAGCUGUCUGUCUGUCACUAUGACGUCUAUCUGAAGAGCUGUCUUUCUUUCUGUCUGUCACUAUGAUGUCUACAAGUCUAUCUGAAGAGGUCUCUGUCUGUCUGUCUGCCUGCCUGUUUGUCUGCCUGCCUGCCUGUCUCUAGAAGUCACCAUUACAACCAAAAAUAACCUUUUCUAUACUAAAAUAUAAACACAACAUGUAAAGUGUUGGUCCCAUGUUUCAUGAGCUGAAAUAAAAUAUCCCAGAAAUGUUCUUCACGCACAAAAAGCGUGUUUCUCUCAAAUGUUGUGCACUAAUUUGUUUACAUCCCUGUUGGUGAGCAUUUCUCUUUUGCCAAGAUAAUCCAUCCACCUGACAGGUGUGGCAUAUCAAGAAGCUGAUUAAACAGCAUGAUUAUUACACAAGUGCACCUUGUGCUGGGGGACAAUUAAAAGGUCACUCUAAAAUAUGCAGUUUUGUAACACAACACAAUGCCACAGAUGUCUCAAGUUUUGAGGGAACGUGCAGGAAUGUCCAGCAAAUAAUUGCAUGUUCAUUUCUCUACCAUAAGCCAUCUCCAACGUUGUUUUAGAGAAUUUGGCAGUACGUCCAACCGGCCUCACAACCUCAGACCAGGUGUAUGGCGUCGUGUGGGCGAGCGGUUUGCCAAUGUCAACGUUGUGAACAGAGUGCCCCAUGGUGGCAGUGGGGUUAUGGCCAGGCAUAAACGAACACAAUUGCAUUUUAUCGAUGCCAAUUUGAAUGAACAGAGAUACCGUGGCGAGAUUCUGAGGUCCAUUGUCGUGCCAUUCAUCACCUCAUGUUUCAGCAUGAUAAUGCGCGGCCCCGUGUCACAAGGUUCUGGACUACAUUCCUGGAAACUGAAAAUGUCCCAGUUCUUCCAUGACCUGCAUCCUCAGCAGACACAUCAUCCACUGAGCAUGUUUGGGAUGCUCUGGAUCGACGGGUAAGACAGCGCGUUCCAGGUCUCGCCAACAUCCAGCAACUUCACACGGGUCUGAAUACUUUCAGAAGGCUACAACCUUUAUAGUGGAGUUACUGACACAACCUGACUGGGUACAACCUGACUAGGUACAACCUGACUGGAUACAACCUGACUGGAUACAACCUGACUAGGUACAACCUGACUGGAUACAACCUGACUGGAUACAACCUGACUAGGUACAACCUGACUGGAUACAACCUGACUAGGUACAACCUGACUGGAUACAACCUGACUGGGAUACAACCUGACUGGAUACAAUCUGACUGGGUACAACCUGACUGGUUACAACCUGACUGGAUACAACCUGACUGGAUACAGCCUGACUAGGUACAACCUGACUGGAUACAACCUGACUGAAUACAACCUGACUAGGUACAACCUGACUGAAUACAACCUGACUAGGUACAACCUGACUGAAUACAACCUGACUGGACACAACCUGACUGGGUAC